GGGUGGGUGUGCGAGAGGUGGUAGCAGGAGGAGGUCAAAUGCACUGCAGGAGUUUGAAAACGCGAGGCUGUCUUCAGGAAAUAUACGCAGGUAGAAGGUUAUGUUAGUGCUACAGUCAAUGAUAUAGUUUACAGUGCAGUUAUUAGAGAUUCGAUUGAUAACUGAGUGGGUGUUGUCGAGGUGUAGUUCGUCCGUGUCGCAGUAUUAGGCAGUUAACAGAAACAACGUAAGCUAGCUAAGGUUAAUGCUAACACAUGUCGCGUGCGCCUAUAAAGCUCGUUAACUAGCCCUUCACACAGUAUAUUGCUGACUUUUCUCGGCUGAAGUCAGUAUUAUCAUCCGUUUAACGGUAAUGCUUAGUGCAUUUCCUCCGAUCAAUAUCUUUGGCUGCGAAUUUCGUUAGCUAGCUAGUGAAAUUUACUGGCAUUUGUUUUGUCUUUGGGGAACUUGUCACGGUCAUAGUUGUCAUGUUUCACUCCGUCCCUCGCCGUCCGAUUUGCGAGAUCGGUGUAAAUGCAGUGAGGCUUCAUAGCAGCCGAGCAUUCAGGCGGACUGUCGAGGAGGGUAAAGAACGGCUUGAGAAGGUACCAUGGCUGGGCAGGAACAUGGGCCUGCUCUUGGCCUGGCUUCAGAGGGCAAGUGUUGGUGUCAGUGAGACUGCAGGUUCUGGCCAAAAGAGAAAGGGUCUGCUCUCCAUAUUUGCGGACCACUGCAGCUUUGUGACCGGACAGAGGCUCCGACGUGCCUGUCAGAUCGGCGAGCUUUACUCCAACCUGUACUCCGAGAGGACCAGGUGGACCCUGGUUGGGAACAUAUGGCGCAGAUUUCAGAGCAAGCAUGCUCCGAAUGGGAAACUCUUCGCGGCCAUUGCUGGCAUCUUCAUAUGGGACAACGAGAAGAUUCAAGAUGAGGAAAUUCGCAGGUGUGGACUUGAGCUGCAGGCGCUGGAGUCUGUGAAAGGUCUAAACCAAGAUUCAGGUAAAGUGGCUGGACAGCUGGAAGCUGGCUGGGAAGUUGUGAUGGAGAAGAAGGACUUCAAAGUGUGGAAGCGUCCCAUACCCAACAGUCACCUUUAUGAAUACAGAGUGUUAGGCUCCUACAAUGAUGUCACUCCACGACAGUUCUUCAAUGUACAGUUGGAUACAGAGUAUAGGAAGAAGUGGGAUUCUUUGGUUAUCAAGCUUGAAGUGGUGGACAGAGAUGCCAGUACAGGCUCUGAGGUUGUGCACUGGGCCACACAUUUUCCUUAUCCAAUGUACUCGAGGGACUAUGUGUACGUGCGCCGCUAUGAUGUUGAUGUAGACAACAAUCUGAUGGUCCUGGUAUCCAAAGCCGUGCAGCAUCCAAGAGUCCCAGAGACUCAGGAAUUUGUUAGGGUCCAUUCAUACCAGUCAAAGAUGGUCAUCCGCCCUCACAAGUCAUUUGAUGAGAAUGGAUUUGAUUAUCUGCUGACCUACAGUGACAACCCUCAAACUGUCUUUCCCCGGUACUGUGUGAGCUGGAUGGUGUCAAGCGGUAUGCCUGAUUUCCUGGAGAAGCUGCAUAAUGCUGCCUUGAGGGCCAAGAACUUAGAAGUGGGCAUCCAUGACUACGCAGGAGUCAUUAAAUCCAGCGACAGCAACCGCCAGCAGAGCCAGGAGCGCCACAGUGGAGAAAACCCACACACAGGUGGUCCUGGACAGAUCUACGCUUGACAUGGAUAUUUUAUAUACCAGGGGUGGUGAUGGUGUGUUGUCACUAGCACUUGAACCCCAAUUGAACCCUCCAGCCAACUUUUUCGGUACAUUGUGCAAACUGCAAAUGGAAGUUGCAACCUAAUUUAAAGACAGAUAUACAUUGUGUCCAUCCAUAGACAUGGUUAUAUUGGUUGUAGAUGAGAUCUAACACAACAAUGGAUUGUGUUGGUGAUGCCAUUACUGUCCUUUGGAGAAAAUGUUGCCAUGGAAAUUGUCAUCCAGACUGCUGCUGGCAUUGGCACUGCCUUUGUGUAGCCGGGCAAUGCUACGUGACAUUUUUCGCCUCUUUUUCGUGAUGAUGAUGAUGUGAUGACCGUUGGUAAGAUGGAGCCAAAUUCCUAAUUGUAGAGACGCUUUUGCCAAAGCACUGUUUGUCCCAUUUUAACGUUCUAUGUCUCGUCAUUCAUUCUUCGACAAAGCUUGAUUUCAGAGGCUGUUGAUGGUUGGCAGCCAUGUCACUGCAUUAGUGUGAUCUCAGUGAGAUGUUACAGAUAUGGUUGUAAAGUAUUACACAUAGAACGGGAACUAUGGCGGGCUUCUGGUCAACAAAAUCCCUGAGAAAACUACGGCCACGAUGUCUGCCCAGACAGAUGAAGAAUUGAUGCCUCUGCUGGGGAACACUUUCGAACAUGUUUCUUCAUUUCAUGGAUUAAAUCCGCUGGUUUCUUACUCGCUUGCAGCAUGAGUGAUUGAUCUUCAAAUGACUGGACAAGGUGAAUUUAAAAAAAAAUUAGAGGGUUUCCAAUUCUGGAAAAGAAGUCCACUGAGUUGCAAUCAGAAACUCCAUGGUUUCUUUUGUGUUUUCUGUCAGCACAGUAGAGGGUUCACGUUUCCAUCUCACCACGUUUGUUCGAAAACUGCCAGCGUUGACAAAACAGCCUUCUGAAGAUUAAACCAGUCCUUCAGCAUUAGGGGCAUAGUGUCUUACAACAACAAUCCUCAGAUACAGUGGUACUGAUGUGCUUCAGUGUAGUUUGACUAGCAAUGCAAAGUGACGUAGAUAAUAAACAAAUGCCCUUUCCAGAGGAACGUAGAGCACUAGUGCCGCAUCACAACCAUUUACAUUUCAUAAAAAUAAUUAAGUUGUUUCAUUUCGGCUCACUUUUUAUUUUUUAUCCUGGUGUUCACAACCGUUGUAGCAGACAUCACUAAAGUUUGCACUAUUGGGAGUUUGGGGUGUUAAUGUUUUCUGUAUGUUACUGUAGAUUUUGUACAUUCAUAAAGUCAUCACCUGAGUACUGGAAAUCCCUGUCCUGUGACUACAACAAGCUCUGAAACAUGUUUUUCUCCUUUUGUGAUUAUUCAGUUUUUCUUAUUAACGUGGGUCCUACUGAAACACCAUAGAAAUACAUCCUUCCAAAUCAUCCUUGAUGCUUUUCCAGCUGUUUGCCGAGGGUGUUAUGAAUGUACAAAGAGCACCACAUGCUGUGGAAUAAAACAUUGCCUAAUAAAGUACACUGUUUACAGCCUGACAAUCUGGCAAAUAUAUCUUGAAAUCAAUUUUUGAUUAAAAACGUCUCAUUCUGUACUAUCAGUGUCAUAUUGUUAUCUGUGAUACAUCAGAGAAUCAGCUGCAGUAACUGUCUCAAGAUAAAGCAGUACAGUGGGAUCCACUUUAGAGAAGGUUUUUCCAAGUGUAUUAAUAUUUCCCCACUGUGUCAAAUGUGUAUAAUUCUGUAGUGAAGUUUUUCCUGUUAUUUAAUCUGACAAAAUGCCAGUGUGAGCUAAAAAUGACAUACGUAGACAGUGUGAGGGGAACUAAAAUGCUUGUUUUUAAUAUUCUCUUGUGUGAGAACAGAGUUUAACGAGAUCACACUAACCCAAUUAAACAUUAUGCAGUGUUUGCAAAUGUUGAGCUUGUGAAUGUAACCUUUUAGUGCUCUGUCGUUGGAAGACACCUGCGUGCCACCUGCAGUAGUCUAAAAGAGUUGUCACAUACCGUUUUUUGUGUUUUCUUUCUGCUGGCAGUAUAACUCAUUUGUUGUGAUUAGCUACCACAUGUGAAUUAAUUUAGGAACAAGAAAUUACUGUGUGGAAAUGAGCUGAUGCACCCUGUGAUUUCAAGAAUUAUUGAAAUGAGAAUGACUAAUCAGAUCAAAUAAACAGAUCUUCAUGUGUA